GUAGGGGCAGCUCUGCAAGAGGAGCUUUGGGCUGGGUGCUGCAGAGCUGAGGACCUGGCUGGGCUCUUCCACUGCCUGCAGAUCCUGGAGAAGUGGUGGAGAGGGGAUAACUGUGAGGAGCUGGAAGGGAUCCCCACAGUGAGUGAUCUAUGAAAUGGCAGAGAAUGGCACAGACUGUGACCAGAGGCGCAUCAGAAUGAGCAAAGAGCAGCACAAUGGCAGCUUCACAGAUUCCUCGAUGUUGAGCGAGCGGAAGCGAAGGGAGCGAGAGGAGAGGUUGAAUAUUGUACUGUGGAAAAAACCGCUUGUUACCUUGCAGUAUUUUUGCCUGGAAACUCUAAUAAACUUGAAGGAAUGGACCAUAAAAUUGUGGCGGCGGCGAGGGGCCCUGGUGUGUGUGUUGCUGGCACUGGCAGUGCUCACAGCCAUGUACUACAUCGAGGGAACACAUCAGCAGUAUGUGCGGUACAUGGAGAAGAAGUUCUUCUGGUGUGCCUACUGGGUAGGAUUGGGCAUUCUCUCCUCUGUUGGGCUUGGAACAGGUCUCCACACCUUUCUGCUCUACUUGGGUCCACACAUAGCCUCAGUGACUCUUGCUGCCUAUGAAUGUAACUCUGUGAAUUUUCCUGAGCCUCCUUACCCUGAUCAAAUCAUCUGCCCUGAUGAGGAGACAACUGAAGGCUCCAUCUCCUUGUGGGCAAUCAUCUCAAAAGUCAGGCUGGAGGCCUGCAUGUGGGGUGCUGGCACAGCCAUUGGAGAGCUGCCCCCAUAUUUUAUGGCCAGGGCAGCUCGGCUGUCGGGGGCUGAGCCUGAUGAUGAGGAGUACCAGGAAUUCGAGGAGAUGCUGGAACACGCAGAGACUGCACAAGACUUUGCUUCCCGGGCUAAAGUGGCGGUGCAGAACCUGGUGCAGAGGGUUGGCUUCUUUGGGAUCCUGGCCUGUGCCUCGAUCCCAAACCCCCUGUUUGACCUGGCUGGGAUAACUUGUGGCCACUUUCUGGUUCCCUUCUGGACCUUCUUCGGUGCAACCUUGAUUGGAAAAGCCGUGAUUAAAAUGCACAUCCAGAAACUCUUUGUUAUCAUCACCUUCAGCAAACACAUCGUGGAGCAGAUGGUGGCCCUCAUCGGUGCUAUUCCGAGUAUAGGUCCUUCUCUUCAGAAGCCAUUUCAAGAAUAUUUGGAAGCUCAGAGGAUAAAACUUCACCACAAAUCCGACAGUGCUGUGCCACAGGGGGAAAACUGGCUAUCCUGGAUAUUUGAAAAAUUGGUGAUUGUCAUGGUUUGUUAUUUUAUCUUAUCCAUAAUCAACUCCAUGGCCCAGAGCUAUGCCAAGCGGCUGCAACAGAAGAUGUACUCGGAAGAAAAAACCAAAUGAGCUUGGAAAAAAUGGGAAAAAACCCCUCAGCGUGGGUUUUGGCAGACACAAGAAAUGGCACAUCUUUUCAUAUGUUUAAAAAUCAGCAUUAUUCAAAAGGGGGGAAAAAUUUUUAACACCCAUUUUCUGCUGUUAACAAGUUUUUUUUGUUGUUUGAUUUUGAAAGUAAUUUGGAUAUUAGAGCAACGGUUUCAUUGACAAACUUAUAAAUUCUACGGUAAGGUGUAAAUGCUUCAUGAGUUUGUGUUUUACAGGAUGGACAAUGGGAUGUUAAAUGGAGUUUAACACAAAUGUUGUCCAUCCAAAUUACUUCCAAAACUGAUUUCAUACUCUCCAUCUCCUGAAUUUAACUUCAGACUGACCUGAGGGUAACGUUUUCCUUUGAAGGGUGGCUGGUUUGCUUUUUUCCAUAAGUUUCAAGACCAUGAAAAUGUAAAGAACCGAGUCCAGGUCGGGUACAAACUGUUGCAUGUCCCCAUGGUAAGGCUGUUCUGUCUCAAUUCCCAGUGUCCCAUUGCAUUGCACGCUGGAAAAGCCACCCUCUCCAACUUCAUGAUGUUAGCAGAGAUGGUUGAUGUCAAAAUGCUGAAGCCAACAUUUUUUAUUCUGUAUAUUUAGAAUGAAGUUAAGAUAAAAACUUUAUAAAGUCAUCUUAUGAUCAUUCCAGAAUUUCUUGUGUCAGUCUUUUUAAGCUGCUUCUUUUCCUCUCUCACUUUUGGAUGCUCUGUGCAUGUUUGCUCAUCCUUCCUGCACUAAUGGUACUCAAACCCUUUGUUCUUUUUUUUGUUUUGUUCUUUUUUUUGUUCUUUCUUCUUCAGAACUUCUUGCUUAGUGCAAAGGGAGGAGGAAGGCCGUGCCUGCUUAAAUAGGUUAAAUGGAGAACAGAAUUGGUUAUCCUAAAUUCUGCUCAGGGUUUGCCCCUGAGCCCAGAGCUGUGGGCAGUGCAGGAGAAGAGAGGGGGAAGAGUUCAGUUCCAGCUGAAAGCAGAUUCUGUGUCUGCCCAGCAACGGUGCAGAGAACUUCAGAGAACCUUUAACCUCACGCUUUUAGUCAGAUUUGUUCUGUUCAGCAUGUGCCAGUUCAGCUGUACAGAACAGAAUUUCUAUUAAAAUUGCUUUUCCCUCUUCAGUGCACCACCCCCACUGCUGUACCUGCAUCGCUCUAACCACUCACGAACUAUUCUGUUUUAUUUUACCCUGGAGGGGUGAGCACCAACAAUUAAUUUACCUUUGUAAUUAGCAUUGCCAGGAGGUGGUGGAGCCCUGAGCUCAGCUGGGCAGGUUGGGAGGGCUGAGGCAGGGCUGUGCUGUUGGAGCUGUUGUGUCCAGCGUGUGCCAUGCCAUGGCUGUACCUUCCUGUCGGAUAGCUUAUCAGACUGAUGUUGACUGUUGGAUCUCAUGGCAACAACAGUCGGUAGGCUGUCUGACAUUUUGGUAUCUCUCAUCUGAGCGUUCCUCAUCCAUCCCCAGCUGUGUCCAUUGAGCAUCAGCAGCACCUCAGUGUCUGUGCUUGGGCUGGGACUGAGCUCCAGCGCCGCGCUCCUGCAGAACCGGCUGAGGUUUGUACCCAAUCCCUGGGCAGUGCUGCCAGGGCUGCUCCAGCUGAUGCAAUUCCAGUAGCUGAAGGUCCCUGUUCAGCUGCUCCUGGUGAUUUUUAAAAGGUGAACAGUAUUUACUAAAUCUUACCUUUUUUUUUUUUGGCCUGAAUGUGGCCUUUGACAACAAUGUCACAAAGAGUUUGUUCUGGGACAGUUCCAGACUCCACAGCUGAGUUUGGAACUUCACCUUUUCAGCCUGCAGACCCUCAGUGUUGUGCUUUGUAAGGCAUCACCUCAGAGCUCCCUUUCCCCUGAGGACUCUGGAGCAGUGGCUGCCCUUGGCUGCUCUCCCCACUUCUGGUGGCACUUUUUGGUCCCCAAAUCUCUCCCAGGUAUUUAUUAACCUCUCACACUUCUGGGAGGGGACAGCACUGAUGCCAUGCUGGGGUCCCUGUGUGCUCUCAGGUUGGAAUCAGGACACUGCAACAACAACUAAAACAGAAAAACUCCUUUUUCCUAGAGCCUGAGCCAAUAAACUUGACCCUUUCUAAAUGCUUUAGAGGUCUCCUUAAAAUUCUGCCUCUUGUCUGCUGGAAAACCACAAGGGAAACUGAAAACUUUCUCCUACUUUUGGUUCAAUAUGUUUACAUAUUUAUAGUGUGAAAUAUAUAUAUAUCUAUCUAUUGUUCUUCAGCUUGUGUUUCCAUGUGUCCAUCCCAAUAAGCUCUGCUGUUAUAUUGAAGCUUUCUGACACUCUUUAAAGAAGGAAGUGAUUAUUCUACGUGCUUCUGCCUGGGAGAUAAGGCUUGGUAAAAGGUAAAAAAUGAGUAACAGAAAGAGAAGUGACACAACCCUGAUGAGAUUUGCAAUGGAUAGUUUCAUGUUUGCUUAAAUAAACAAAGAAAUAACGUU